CCGGAACCCAAAACCCCUUAACUGAGGAAUAUUCUAAAUAAUAACGUAGUCAGCAAUAAAUAUUUUAUGUUAUAAUAUCAUAAUGAAUACUAGAUCUUAAACAAAAUUAAAAGGGGACAUCGGGAAUCUUGAAAUGGCCGAUUUGUCAUUUGAUUCUCAGAAUUCGUCAAGAUUAGAGAGAAAAAUGAAUAUUGAUUACGAAUUAAAAAGAUGUGAAGAUUCGUUACUUGAAGCACAAGAAACCAAUGUUAAGUGCCAAGAAGCACAUGAGACCAUUGAACGGGUUCUCCAUUCGAAUGGUACCAAAGGAGGAGACAUUUUUACAAGCACCAGAGGAAGAUGGUCGUCACCUAGACCAAAAACUGCACCUGCAGAAGUUGAUAAACGUGUGAAUGACAACCUACCCCUGGACGACGAUGAUGAAUUUGACCUCGAUACGAAAAAGACGACACUUCACGGCGCAGCAAUAUGUGGGGACACAAUUCUUAUGGGGCAGUUACUGAAAGUUGGAGCGAGGGUAAAUUCGCAAGAUAGCAACGGGAAAAUACCGCUCCAUUACGCCGCGGAAUAUGGUCAACUUCCGGCAUUGCGGGUUCUUCUCAAAUCUGGAUCUAUUGUUAACAUGAUCGACAACCGAAUUAAGGCUCCACUAUUUUAUGCAGUGGAACAUGGCUACGUAGCCGCUGCCAAAGAGCUUAUUGAUAGAGGUGCGUCUGUUAAUUGCGCGGAUAAACGUAAAAAGAUGCCACUACAUUGUGCCUCUGAAGACGGGAGGAAAAUGAUGGUGGACCUUCUCCUGCGAACUGGAGCUUCGGUGUAUUCUAUGGACUCCGAUAUGAAGGCGCCGAUCCACUAUGCAGUGGAAAAAAAUUACCUGCAGAUUACUCAAUCUCUUGUCAUGCAUGGCGCACCUGUUAAUCAGAGUGACGGAAAACAGCGCAAACCUCUCCACUACGCUGCUGAACUCGGCUAUAUCUCAAUAAUCGACUUCUUAGUCCAACGAGGUGCAACUUUAGACGCCUUAGAUUGUAAUCUUCGAACACCAAUGUUCUUAGCCAUUGAUCAUGGUCAUGAUUUUAUAGUUCAUGCUCUGAUGAAUUAUGGAGCCUCAGUCAAAACUGCAGACAGAAAUCGACAGACUCCUCUCCAUGUCGCAGCUUGUAAAGGUUUUGUUGCAACUGCUAAUGAUCUAAUUAAGAAAGGUUCUCGCCUAGAUGUCCAGGAUGAUGAAGGAAAGUCGCCCUUAUUCUAUGCCGUAGAACAACGAGAGAUUAGUAUGGUGGACACACUCCUAAAGUGUGGCGCCUCGGUCGAUAUGAUAGACAACAGUGCCAAAAGUCCUCUACAUUAUGCUGCCGAAACAAAGGAUACUGAUCUUAUGUAUCUGCUGGCCCAACACGAACUCAAAUCAUCUAAAACAAAAAAUGUUUACCGAAGAAUUCUCGAAGUAGCUAUACGAUAUAACAACGAUUAUCUUGGACAGGUUGUAUGGAACCGCCUUCUGGAUAAAUACACAGAUGCAAUCAUAGCCAGCGAUAGGACGUAUCCUUAUGACUUUGAAUCUAGAGAAACCACUAACAUUGUAAAAAUACUCCUCCGUAUGACAUGCGAGGCUUUUGCCAAAGUUCACAAGGAGAGGUUAUGGAAAGCCAGUCCUGAACUUCAAGAUGGAAGUGGUGAACGACCUCUGAUUGUGGCAUACGUUUUCUUGUGGCCGCACACAAAGAAAAAGGUAUUCAUGGGAAUUCCUGUUGUGUACCGCAUGUACAGUGCUACCAAUGAAACCGCUGCCGGGUAUGAUGAUGUGGAUUCUCAGUUUAAAAAAUUCUGAGAAGCCAAUCAGACAGAAUUAACCGAUCUCAUGACAAUGGUUGUAGCCAUUCUUUUAUUCAUUUCAUGCGACUUGUUGCGAGUUUUCAAGGCGAACAAAAAAAAAUCGUUAAGUUUUGUAGUUUUUUCUUAGCUGUUUAUCAUUAAAAAUUUGUAUUUGAAAAAAUAUAAUACGAUAAUACGUUUUAUUCCAAAAGCAAAUACAGGUGAUAUAAAAGGGUAAAUAAAAUACAAUAUAAAACAAAAAUAAAAAAUAUACGAAAUUUCAUUUCGAUUCGGUUCACAUUGAAUCCAUACAAACAUGAAAUAUCGAGAGCCUUUAAUUAACAACGGGUGAGAUUGAGGAAUAAAAUUGAACGCCAACAUGCAUAUUCGUGGCAGCAAGUCUGCAGAUGGAAUCUGGUAUUGGCUAAACGUGUAAGUUUCCUUUUCGCAGGUUUUUGUUUCUGCUUUCCCGAUCGUGUAAUAAACUUGAUCGUUGAUAAUCUGUAUUAAACUUUAUCUCAAAUAAUUUCAUUUUUUCUGCACCAGAUACUUAUUUCGACAAUAAAUGUUCCUUCGAUAAUGCUCGUGGCCAAAAUUUUUGAAAACCCAAAGUUUUCUUAAUAUAUGAAGAGCUUAUAUAUAUAUUAUAGGGUUAUUGCAUGCAUAUUGGGGAACAUUGUCCCGAGUAGAAUUUUAUAUUGCACGAGCUUGCGAGUGCAAUAUAUGUUUUAAGAGGGACUGUAUUCCCCAAUAUUCACGCAAUAACCCUUUUAUUGUUUAGCAAUAGAAUGUAAAAAUUGGUUUCAACUAAGAUUUUGUCGUUGAUGGCGUCAUUUAUUUUGAAGAUUUAUUACACUAG